UUCUGAUUUUUCCCUUUUUUAAGUGAUGUCCUGGAAGAGACGGGUAAACUUUUAUCUUCAACCAUUAGCAAACGCUGCUACUGAGUCUGUCUUAGAGUGAGUGAGUGUUUUGAAGACAAAAGAAAAAUGCUUCUCCAAAGUACAAUCUCAUCUUCACCUUUACACCAUCACCAUCUGUGCUUCUCAGCGACCCAACUUCCUCAUUAUUACUCUUUCCUCACAUCUGGGUCUCUCAGGUUCAGCCGCAAGAAGCUCCCUUUCCGGGCUAGCAGUGGAAUAAGGUGUUUUCGUGAACCAGCUUUGAAAAACUCGGGCCCAGGCAAAGGCUAUGGAGUGAAUGACACUAGAUCAUUUCUCAACCUACAGAUGUUUCAAAAGGGAAUGGCAACAAAAUCUUUUACCGCAACACACUUUGAUGAAUCCUUGAGGAACCUUCUGGCUAUGGUAGAAGACUUAAAUGUGAAGAAGCCAUUAGUUGUAGUGUCUGCUUUCCUCUUUGGACAAGCCUUGUGGUUGAUUUCUGCACAACUAGCAAAUGCAAGUGAAAUUACUAGUGGAGAUGCCGUUUAUGAGAUUGGAGAGUUAUUUGAGUUGGGAAUCCAGCUAUCUUAUCUGCUUUUACUACUAGGUUUGCUCGGGGUUGGAACCUUCUUUGUGAUCCGUCAAGUCCUUGUACGCAGAGAACUUGACCUUUCUGCCAAAGAAUUGCAGGAGCAAGUAAGAAGUGGAGAUGCCAGUGCAACUGAGCUUUUUGAGCUAGGUGCUGUUAUGUUGAGAAGGAAAUUUUACCCAGCUGCUACUAAAUUUUUGCUUCAGGCAAUUGAAAAAUGGGACGGUGAUGAUCAAGAUCUUGCGCAGGUUUACAAUGCCCUUGGUGUCAGUUAUGUCCGGGAUGGGAAGCUUGAGAAGGGAAUCAAUCAGUUUGAAACUGCUGUGAAGCUUCAACCAGGAUAUGUCACUGCCUGGAACAAUCUUGGCGAUGCAUAUGAGAAGAAGAAAGACUAUAAGUCUGCACUCAAAGCAUUUGAAGAAGUGUUACUUUUCGAUCCUAAUAAUAAGGUAGCACGCCCUAGGCGAGACGUGUUGAAGGAUCGUGUACAAAUGUACAAAGGAGUCCCUAUCAAAUCAAAAGACAGAUGAUUUUGUCCUUAAUCCUGAACGAACUGUCAAUUUGCUCAUGUUCCUGCCCAUUUUGAUUCUGAAUUUUGGACAUGUGACUAAAGGGUUGUUAAAACAAUUCAAAACCCAAAAAGAAUUAUCAUAUGAUGCUAUGUCAGUAAUAUGAUUAUUCGAGGAGAGUACAUACAACUUGUCUUCAUUUGACUGUAUCCCCUAAUGGCUGCAGCUUGUAAUAAAUGCUACUGUGAGCUCAAAAUGUCAAUUUUCUAUAUU